AUUUCUACGUAACCGAUGCAGCAGGCUGCCUUAGUGCCUUACUGCUUUAAGCGCCGCCAGCUGCGGGCUAAAAGUCCUGAAGGAUUGGUACCUAAGUCUGAGGUUGGAUGUGUGGUUCUAGAAAAGCUGAUAGGUAUCAAUUUAUCCCUCACAAUGUCUACGAGACCUGAUGAUCACAGAAGAAAAUGGAACAGGGAGGAAUAUGAAAGGAUAGCUCUCCAGCGACUCCAGGAGGAGAUUGCUGAAGAGGAGCUUGGCCUUCCUAAGCAGCCAGCUGUCAAAAGAGAACUACUCAAACAAAGAGACUACAAAGUUGAUCUAGAAUCUAAGCUAGGAAAGAGUGUUGUCAUAAAUAAAAAUACACCAUCCUCUCAAACUGGAGGAUAUUACUGCAAUGUGUGUGACUGUGUUGUUAAAGAUUCCAUUAAUUUCUUGGACCACAUCAAUGGAACAAAACAUCAAAGAAAUUUGGGAAUGUCAAUGAAGAUUGAAAGAUCAUCAUUGGAACAAGUUAAAGCAAGAUUUGCUGUAAAUAAGAAAAAAAUGGAGGAGAAAAAGAAAGACUAUGACCUGGAGCAGCGUGUUAAGGAAUUAAAGGAAGAGGAAGAGAAGAUCAAGGAAUAUAGAAAAGAGAAGCGAAAGGACAGAAAACGCAAAAUUGAAGAAGCCAAUGAUGAGGAUGCCGGGGCUUCUGAUGAAAUGGCAAUGGUAAUGGGAUUCUCUGGGUUCGGUUCCAAGAAGAAGUGAUAUCAUAUCUUCACUUUUAAUUAAAACAAAGGUAUGAAAUUCCCGUAUUUCUUGGGAGUCUGAUAAGUAGACGAGAAAAAUUGAAUAGAACAAAUGACCAGACGCUUUCUGAUUUUUGUACAGUGAUUUUUUAUUCGAAUCACGCGAUUACUUUAUGUAUACAAUCAAGUAGACUGAAUAUAGAUAAAAAAGAAACGAUAUUGAACUAACAUAUGAGACAGUAACAAGAAACCUAUACACAAACUUCAAAGAGUUAGUGAUAGAAUUAAAUAAUUAUUCCGCAAUAUUUGUCCGUAAAUAUCAAUGACACUGCGCAUUUUUUCACUAACUUCAAGAAUAAAUUUUUUAAUAUAAUGUAACUAAAAUAAAUAGUAAAUUAUUCAUAUGUCUGUAUGAUGAUGUAUUGUUACAGAUUGAUACCACUUUUAUUAAAGUACAAUAUUUCACA